AUGACGGACAUGAAGAAGAAGAAGGAAGAGAUGGGCCGCAAGGUCCCACAAGAAGAUGAUGACGAGAACAAGACGACCAUGGCAUCUGGUUGGACGCAAGUCAAGGCGCUGAUGGAGAAGAACGCGCUGACCAAGGUCCGCACGCCCGGAGCCACCAUGGCCGAAAUGUUCUCUCCCAUGUUGCUCGUGUUGGUCUUGUUUGUCAGUUACAACCUUUCCGAAGUCAUCUUUUACCCUGCCAAGUACUACCAUGCCCUCAAUGUGGAUUUCCCCCUCUUUUGGGACAGCGGUGCCUACGGAGAAGACGAAAUGGAAGAUUUCGACAUGGCCGACACGCAUCGUCGUCUGAACAGUCAUGAGGGUGAAGAGAGCGAACUCACGGGCGUGGACUAUGGAUUACAAGCUGCCGAAGAAGAAGCCUCCUUGAUGACUUGGGCGCGUCUCUUGCAACACGAUGUCGCCACCAACGGAGAGCCAGAGGAAGAGAUGAGUCUCGUCAAUGACUUGUUCAUGUGGCGUCAUCUGCGCAAGCUUGCCACGACGUUUGACAUUAUCAUUGACGAAGAAGAAGAAGUAGAGGAAAUGAUUCAAGAUGGAGAGCAAGAUAUGAUUGAAGAGGCGAUGAAGGAACAAAUCGCCGAGAACGAAGAUGAAAUGACUGUCAGUGACCCCGCGUAUGACGAUGAUGUCGAUACUCCACUGGGCAACCCGAAUGAGGAAGAAAUCGAUGGAGACAGCGGAGACUGGUACGAAGAAAUCAUUGCCGACAUCAAGAAGGAAACGGUCGACAAGGUGGAUUGGGAGGAAGUCGAAAAGGAAAUCAAAGACAAUUUCGGCGACCUAUGGGAUGAUGCCAAGGAUUACAUCUUUUCUUCCAGCCGGAGUUCCGCUCGCAACCGAUUGAAUCAGAUGCGUCUUCGCCUCAAGGAUGUCCUCCGCCGUCCCAUGAUCGUUCCUACCUUUGGCCAAUACGUCUGGGCAAGCAAGCUCUUGAGCAGCUUUAUCAAUGUCAAGCGAAAUUUGCCCCGCGCUCUCAAGGAUUCCAGCUACGGACGGCAAUGGGGAAACCUAUUGACUCUUGGUACCCUACACAUUGCACCCGCCGGUCAUCCCAUGACCGACAAGUUCAUUCGGUACCUUUACGACACCUACCCCGCAGCCGCUCGAAAUGUCAUCAUUCGCACGUAUCCCGAUCAUGAUGCUGCCCUGGAGUAUGUCAUGAACACGUUGGAUGAUGAACGCACAUGGGCCGUCAUUGAUCUCACUCAGCUCGAAGAUGGCGCCGACGACACGACUGCCAUGGGAGGAUCCUACACCAUCCGUCUCAAUUACACCACCGUCCCCAAUACCAACCUCGUCGAGAACUACGUCGCCGCGGGUUUGUCCACCAAGUACCAGCGCUACUAUCUCUCGGGGUACUUGACGCUCCAACGAACCAUCAACGACUUUGUCAUGUCCGAGAGCAACUGCGACCCACACGUUGAUCCAUUCUUUAGCAUGCCCAUGCCGACCGCCGAUUACCAUCAGAAUGCCUUCUUUUUGCAUGUCGGAUACCUCUUGGGAUUGGUAUUGUGCAUGGCCUUUUUGUACCCCACGUCGCGGCUCAUUCAGAGUCUGGUGGAAGAACGAGAAACCCGCAUGAAGGAAACCUUGCUCAUCUUGGGGGUCCGUCCUUGGGCUCACACCACGUCGUGGGUAUUGACAUCCAUGCUCAGCUUUGCAUUCAUCACCUUUCUCAUGUCCAUUGUCUUGAAAGAAAUCCUCCAGCACACACCCUUUACUCUUAUUUGGUUCUGGAUGGGACUCUUUGGCAUGUCCGCCAUGGCGUUUUGCUUCUUUUUGGCAUCCUUCUUUAGCAAGGCCAAAUUGGCUGCCGUUGUUGGACCCAUGGCGCUCUUUGCCAGUCUCUUGCCACGAUUUGUCUUUUUCGGUACCAACCGUUACGAAGCCAUUGGUGCCAAGUACUUUGCCAGUCUUCUUCCCGGAACCGCCUUGGCUUUUGGAGCCGAUAUUGUGGGUGACUACGAAUAUGGAGAGCAAAAUGUGGGCAACAGCAUGUGGGUCGGAGACUACUCGUUUGGAUCCAGUUUGUCCUUUUUGCUAUUUGAUACCAUCCUCUACAUGUUCUUGGCUUGGUACACGGAACAAGUCAUCCCUCGUGAGUACGGAGCCGCUCCCAAGCCGUGGUACUUUAUCUUUACCUGGUGCUUCCCCUCGUCGAGCAAAAAGGCUGUGGCUGGUGAUGACAAGGACGAUGAUGAUGAUUCGCUCGGAAAGAAGAAUGCCGAGGACAGCAUUGAACCAGUGACAGACCCGGACCUUGUCCCUCGCGUUAUUGUCAAAGAUUUGGUCAAACGUUACAACAAGAAGCAAGUCAAGCCAUCGGUCAACCAUUUGGACUUGACGUUGUACGAAUCGCAAAUCACGGCUUUGUUGGGACACAAUGGUGCAGGCAAGACUACAACUGUGUCUGUCUUGACUGGACUCUUCCCUCCAACCAGUGGAGACGUUUCGAUCUACGGUCAUUCUGUUGUUGAUGAACUUCACAAGGCUCGUCAAUCGAUUGGUAUUUGCCCACAGCACAAUGUCCUAUUUGAUCGUCUCACCGUGAUGGAACACAUGAAGUUCUUCUCCAAGAUCAAGGGUGUUUCGAUCCAGAAGCAAGACUUGAAGGACCGAGCCCUCGAGUUGGGAUUGACUGAAGAUCAGCUUCGUACAACUGCUUCAGCUUUGAGCGGAGGAAACAAACGCAAGCUCUCCGUUGCUAUUGCCUUGUGCGGUAACCCCAAGUUCUUGAUUCUCGAUGAGCCUACCUCAGCUAUGGACCCCACCGCCCGUCGUCGCACCUGGCAAGUCCUCCGCAAGAAGCGUGCUGGUCGUGUGACACUCUUGACUACUCACUUCAUGGACGAAGCCGAACAUCUGUCUGACCGAGUGGCCGUUGUCAAAGAAGGAGAGUUGCAGUGCUGUGGCAGUCCCCUCUACUUGAAAAACAGGUACAACCUUGGCUGGAAUCUGACUGUGGUCAUGGAGAAGCCCGAAGGCGACGAAGAUAUCGAAGGAGGCUACGCAGGAUGUCAGGAACGUAUCUCCAACUUUCUGCGCCAGUACAUCCCUCAGACUGAACUCGUUCGCCGGUCCGGACGUGAGCUCACGUUCUGCUUCCCCAAGGGAACUGAAGACUCUUUCGCAGAGACAUUUGAUGCAUUCGAACAGCAAGCCAAGGAUUUGGGUGCUUCAUCUUACGGUGUCGAGAAUGCGUCUUUCGAGGAAGUGUUUUUGUUGCUUGCCGAAAAGGAGACCUCCGGCGACUCUGAGGAUAAGACAGAUGACCUGUCCCUUGCCGAGACUCGCUCCGUUCAAACCGAUAAUGAUUCUCUUGCCACAGGUUCUCGAGUUGCUGAUUCGGAUAGCGAGUCGAUUGCUUCGUCCAAGAUCACAGCAGGAUCCGGAGACACGGAUGAGACUAGCUCUACCGCUGCAGCAGAACCAAAGGUCGAUGCCUUGGGCUUCAAGGAUACGGAAAACUACAGCAGCAUGCACCCCAUUCGACAAGUUGGUUUAUUGUAUUGGAAACGCGUUACGGUGGCGAAGCGUGACCUCAAGGGCGCCUUCUUUGCUGUCAUCCUCCCUGUCAUCCUUAUCGCUCUUGUCAUCCUGGUGCUUACCGUCAAUGUUGCAAUUGCUGGACCUGCCAGAGAAAUGAGUCCGUCCCUUUACGUGAACUCGUACUCUGCCGCAAGCAUUGGACAGGCGACCACUGAAGUCCUUGUCGGGGGUGGAGGCUCCGCUCGCGAUGACACCAAUGUGCACACUGAGUACCUCUUUAUGGACUCUGGACUUACUCACGAUUACCCCAACGCUCGCUUCACUCGUCUUGAUGAACACAUGUCGACUUCCCAAAUCUCGGAAUACCUAAUUGAGACGUACAACGAUCACAGUCACCCCACGCGAUUUGGAGCAUUUUCGAUCGACGAUAAUGUUCAGCUGAACAUCAACUUGAACUUUACCGCCUUUGAGAACCAGAUCAACUAUUACACACGAAAAAGGAAGGCCCACGGCUCGAUCAAGCUGAAGGACCAACGCGUGGAUGUUUUGGAAGUCAUGGGAGUUACUGGCCGAGACGGAAGGCUCUACUGGAAGAAGUCGGUUGCUGAAUUAGCUGAUGACUUCUACGGCUUGACAAACAUGGAUCCCUAUGCUCGAGUUCGCACUAGCGAGUUGCAUAAUCUCACUCAAGCAGCUUUGAAGGGCAUCCUUUCUGCGUCCGACGCUGACCUGGAACAGAUGCGAAUGAAGUUCGAGAAUGAAACUCGUGCGUUCGUGGACGAAAUGUAUGGAAAGGUCAUGACCUUCCUACGUUCUCGGCAGGUUCGUGAGAUCCAGGCGAACGCAACCCAAAUCUACUCGGACUUUAUGGAUGACGCUAAGAAGAUUGCCGACCAGUCAGGCCAAAUUGAAAAGGAUCUGGGCAACCUGCUCAAGGAUUUUAUCAAGGCUGCAUUCGAGAAGAAAAAAGUAACCGCAGGAGAUGACCCGAACAAAGUCACAGCAUAUGGCUUCGAAGACCAAGGAAACAUGGAGGAUCUUGUACGCGACUUGGUCAAGGACCUUGGAAACCUUGGUGAAGACCCCGAGACUAACACUUUGUCCAUCUACGGUCUCUUGGACAGAGCUGCGAAGGAAAUUCGUGACUUGGCUGACUACACUUUGGAGGAAGCAACAAAAUCUAACUACACUGUGGCUUCCAUUCAAACGGCCAUCAAGGAUGCUCUGCUUGCUGUCAACGGAGAUGAAUUUGACCGUGGUGCUAUCAUGCACGAGCUUGGUGCACUGGUCGAUGGCGUGGGCACACUCUACGGCCACGACAUCAACAGUAAGCCCUAUAUCAAGAAUGCAACCAAGUGGGUCGAUGCUCGUCUGCUGGACUACUCCGAUGGUACCAUUCGUAGAGUCCCUGGCCAUGUCUUUGUCGCUCCUCUCGUUCUGCUCGACUAUGUGCUUGGCAAGUGGGAUAUGGUCACCAUCAGCCCCGAUGAGGCGUUUGGACGCCUGAGCAAGAUGUUGGGCGGAAACCGUCGCAAGAAGAAUGGCUUCAUUGCAUUCAGAGCCAAGGACAUUGUUAUUGAUAUUGGGAAGAUGGCGAUUGACUUGAACAAUGUUUACGUGACCACAGGGCAUGGUACAGCACUGGAAAUAGACCAGGAGUUUUCCCUUCAAUUCUCUUUGGAUGCCUUGAAGGAUUUGGUUCCGCAAGGAACACCUGUAUUGCAAUUCCAGUUCGAAAUCCCAUCAAAGACAAGUCUGCUUCACAACUCAUCAUCGCCUCACGCCGUGGCGGUCUUCAACCAAGCCUACAUGGAGCACCGCUACAAGCAAUGUCUAGGUGAUGUUCGUGGAAACGCACGCUUGGUGUCUGUGAACCACCCUCUUCCCCUCACUGCCAAGCAGAACUUGGAAAUCAAGGUUAUGCUCAGUGUCCUUGCAUCAAUCUUCAUGCUGAUCCCAUUCUGCUACAUUCCUGCCACUUUCAUUGUCUUCCUUGUGAAGGAAAGAGUCUCCAAGUCAAAGCAUCUGCAACUCGUCAGCGGAGUGAACAUGUCUGCCUACUGGAUCUCCACUUAUUUGUGGGAUUUGACGCUGUACUCCCUCUUGACCAUGUGCAUCUUGAUCGUGUUCUUCGCCUACGGAAACUCUGCUGAAGUUUUCGUUGGCGACAAAGAUUCUUUCUUCGCGACUUUGCUUUUGAUUCUUGGAUAUGGAGUCAGUUCGCUUCCUUUCUCCUAUCUUUUGUCCAGGUGGUUCAGCAACAGCAGCACCGCUCAGAUUUCUGUCGCUGGAAUUGGCUGGUUGACUGGAUUCGUAACCGUGAUUGCCUACUUCACUUUGGAUUCGAUGGAGAAGACCGAAGACCUCGCGGAGACCUUGCAGCCUUAUUUCCGUCUGUUCCCCGCUUACCACAUUGGAGAGGGCUUUUUGAAUUUGAGUGCUGCAUUCUGGCACCGAGAAAUUCUUGGAUGGAGGACAGAUCCCCUCGACUGGAAGGUCACGGGACAAUCCAUUUGCUACAUUUUCCUCUUGGCUCUUCCGUAUUUCUUCCUCCUUCUUGUCCUCGAGUACGCCGAUGACGGAGGUGCUGGUGGAUUCUUGGGACGUGGGCUUCGGGCCGUUGGUCACUACUGGACUCAACUCAUGCUCAAAUGGCACGGAAUCAAGGUUUCCGGCGAAGACGAGGACGCGACACAAUAUUCGCUUCUCAGUGACAACGGAAAGGACGAUGAGGAUGUUGCCAAGGAGCGUCAGUAUGUUUUGAAGAACAACGAAGAAUUGAGACGCACUGCUCCCGUUGUAUUGGUGAAUCUGUGGAAGGUGUACCCACCAUCAGUUGGAGUCCUGGGCGCUUUCUUCUUGCGUUUGCGUCACUGCAUUGUGUCUACAUUCUGCUUCUUUUGCAAGAAGAACAUGGUCCUCGACGUGGAAGACGGAGACGAGAAAUCACUAGCUCCCAAGCAAGCUGUUCGUGGCGUCUCAACUGCCAUCAAGAAGGGAGAGACAUACGCGUUGCUUGGUGCCAACGGUGCUGGAAAGACCACGACUAUGGGAAUGAUCACUGGUGACAUUAGUGCCACGGGCGGUGGAGCCUACAUCGCCGGCCACAAUGCCACUGGAGGAACAAACAACGGAGUUGCAGAAGCUCGCAAGAACAUUGGAUUCUGCCCUCAAAAGGACCCCCUCUUGGAUUUGAUGACAUGUCGUGAGACUUUGACUAUGUUCGCCAAGCUUCGUGGUGUCCCUGCCAAAGAAGUUGAUCCCCUCGUUGUGGAACUAUUGGAGCGUUUGACACUUACCCCACACGCCGACAAGGUCACCAAGGCACUUUCAGGCGGUAACAAGCGCAAGCUCAGUUUGGGACUUGCUCUCAUUGGCGAUCCGAAGGUACUUUUGAUUGACGAAUCGUCGUCUGGAUUGGAUCCUUUGGCCAAGCGAAAGAUGUGGGACCUCAUCGAGGAAGCGGCUCGCUCUCGCUCUGUCAUUUUGACCACGCACAGCAUGCAAGAGGCUGAAGCCCUCUGCACUCGCGUCGCCAUCAUGGUCAAGGGCAAGUAUGUGUGCUUGGGAUCCGUCCAACACCUCAAGACCAAGUAUUUAGAUGGUUACUCUGUGGACAUCUUCUGCCGUAGCUCUGCCAGUCCCUCUAUUGUUGACCAAGUGCAAAAUGAGGUUUUGAAUACCAUUCCCGGCAGCAGUGUCAGUGAACGUCACGGCCGCUUCAUGCGCUUUGAAGUCAGCAACGUGUCUGACCUGGGUCUCGGCACUUGUUUCCGCCGCUUGCAAGAUCUCAAGAACAACGCUGACUUGCACGUGGAGAACUACUCUGUCUCCCAAUGUUCACUGGAGCAUGUGUUUGUGAAAUUGGUGAACGAGGACCAAGCUGCAAGCAACGAAGUCGAGGAGCAAGAUGCCACUGCCAAUGUGACGGCCCUUUGAGAGUGUUCCGUUUAGACGCGACUCGAAUUCGAACUUAGGAAACCAAACCAACUUUUACAUUUUUGCAUGCCGUGAACCUUACGAUGCUUGCCUCCGAUAUUCAAAAACCCUUUUGGAGGUCCUUGUCAGGGUUCCCACGAUACCGAAGGGCAGUUCAUCUUUAGCGGUCAACUUGUAGCCCUUUGGGUAAUCAAUACUUAAGAAUCGAAUCU